ACGUACGGGUCGUUUGGUCGUUUGGUCGUUUGGUCGUUUGGUCGUUUGGUCGUUUGGUCGUUUCUUUGCUGGCAACCCAGGACGCCCGCGCCUGCGUCCAUGCCCACGUUAACGUCAACGGCCUAACCGAGAACAAGAAACGCCGAGACAAGGCAAUCGGAAUCAGUAGGCGCGCGAGUAUUCUCGAGUAUCGUGAGGCGUGUUUGGCUCUCGGAAUAUCCCGUGAGAGUUUCGACGAUCGUGAAUCCUGAUGAGGGCCAGAACGAUGGAACUCCUGGGGAUGCUGACGCUGCUCGGUGUGAGCUUUGCCAGCAGCCCGGACUACAGUCGUCUAUUCGAGAGGUGUCCGGAGCAAAAGAACGUCUUCAAAUGUUUCAAGCGACGGGCGCUGGAUUUCAUCGACUCGGCCAUCGAGGAUGAUUCGGUUUACGUGCUGAACGACUUUCUGACGAUCUCUCGCGAUCCCGAAACCAGCUCCAUCUCCAAGGACAUCUUGCAAUCCGAGAUGGAAUCCCAAGACGCGACGGUCUCCAAUCUUACAAGUAGAAGCCUCGACGACCAGCUUGAUCGGAAGGUCUACGAGUACUUGGCCUCCAGAAGUAUUCGUUUCGCCAUUCCCGGAAACGCAUUUCAGGGACGCAAGAAGAAGGAAAAAUACGGCGGAGUGCUGCUUCUCGGAGGACUCGCGAUGGCUGGAAUGCUGGCCCAGCUGGCUUUCGGUAAGAUAGCCUUCCUUGCCGGAACGGCUCUCCUCACCGCGAAAAUUGCCUUGGUGCUCAGUGCGAUAAUCGGCCUGAAAAAGUUGGCUUCGAGCGGUGGGGGCGGCCACGAAGUGAUAUACGCAACGGCUGCCGAACAUCACGGCGGCGGCUACGGCGGCGGUGGAUAUGGGGGCGGCGGUAGUGGCGGAGGAUGGCAAAGAUCUUUCGAAGCUGCCAGCAGACAACCGACCUGAACGCCACCGCGCUACACCAAUGACUUUAGUGUCUAAUACUAAGAAUUCUGCGCUUCGUGACAAUGUCUGCUUUUUUUAUCGAACAUAAAGUUCAGCGCACAUGUUGUAAAAUCAGGUAGCACAUAUCACACCUCGUCCUUCCUUUUGUCUCGACCUCUCACAUCCACCGUGACCGACUUCCCGAAGACGUACCCGCACAGUGGUGGUCUUAAAGCCAAGCGUACCUGAAACACGAAUGUCAAGAUUGCUGGGACGAAAGACGAAAGACGAAUAAUGGUCCGUCGUAUUUCCUCUUCGCUCCUUCCGAUGAUCGUCAAUGAUUCGAGCGCAUCGUCAUCGAGACGCUCUCCAUCUUCUACCUACGUUCUACUCUCGGAAACCGACGUGACGACGUGACGACGUGACGAGAUACAAUAAGAGAAUUACGAGAGCAGGUAUAUGGAAAAGGAAGGACAGGCGAUUAAGGUUGAUCGCGACUCUUCGAGAGUUUGGAAGGGAAGAAGAGGAAGAAGAAGAAGAAGAAGAAGAAGGCGAAGAAGUUGAAAGAGUCCACGUGCGAUAUUCGAAAAGUAGAGAAGCAGGUCGAAAAAGGCUGAAUCGCUGCUCGGCCGAUCGUGAGCGCCGAGUUCUAAGUGUUCUCGCGUCAGGCAUAUCUUUUCAUCUUCUUUCGCUGCUUUGUGUGCCACUGGGCCGAGCGACACCAAAGGAACGAUUCCAUUGGCAUAUGCGCUACGCUUGCUCUCUUACCGAACAAGAAUUCCCAGCUGUACAGUUUUCACAUAGACCAUAACGUACGUACGAUGAUACGCUAGACAGAAGCGCUUUAAAUUCGUGACGAUAUUUACUGGCUCGGAGUGCCACUUAAUUUUACUGAGAUCUUUAAUGUGGCAAUUUCUCCAUCUUUUUGACCGAACGGGCUCGUGGCUGAAAUCGAGCUAUCUCGUGAGCAGAGCGGAAAGUAGACAUGGAACUUUUCUCGUAGGGGUCAAGAUUACAGAUUCCAAACGUAUGAAAUAGUAAAAGUCAAUUUCCACAUACACGACAACGCACUUGCCAAAUUUCAUGAAAGUGCAUCCUUCUGUUCCAUUUUGCCAAUUGUUUACUUGUCCGUCGCACGGGAGGGGGAGACAUAUAUAUAGCGAGCUAGCUAGAUAGAUGGAGGGAGAUGGAGAGAGAGGGAGAGAUAAGACCGCAAGGGCUGGUUCAUGGAAGAACUGUGAGAGAGCACCAAAGGCUCAGAGAAGAAUAGGAGGACGAAGAAGAAGGGAAGGAGGAAGGUCCGCGAGCGUGGGAUCCGUGACACGAGAGGCACGAGAGGCACGAGAGGCACGACGCGGCGCGCUUCUCGUACUGCUUUGCAGGUUUUUUUCCUCCAUCGUAUAGAGAAGAGCGGACGCUGAGUGGGUCUGUGUGUCAGGAAGGUCAGAUCCCCGCGCUCGAAUCGGAUGCGAUCGCGAAGCAUCCCGUUCUCAGCUCCUCGGCUCCUCGGCUCCUCAACUCCGCACUGUCCCUCGACCACGUAGUCGCCCGUACGUGGGAGCAGGUUUACUUACCCCUUACGGCCUUGCCACUAAAGCGCUGUCCUUCCUGGUAUAUAUCAGCCUCGAGUGGAUCCUUAGCCGCCAGUCCACAAAGGAAGCCGCUGGUGCGCGACCUUUUCUCCAAGGCUCCAACGAGUUCAUUCUGCAUUCUGAGAAAUCGCUUAAUUGCCGACGCUCAAGUCAACGUGAUUCUUCGCCGAAACCAUCGGCCUUCGAACAGUUGCCAGGAGUGCACGAGAGGAACGGACGAGUGCGCCAAUAAAAAAUCCAAGCAAAUUAUAGAAGGACACGUAUUACGGAAA